AUACGCACGGCCAAAUAUGUGUAUUAUAUAUAUUAUGUAUUGUGGCCUAUGUGUGACGUCACGAACGGGCCUUCGAGCUGUGCACCUAUUCCCGGGAUGCAGCAAUCUUAGAUUUUACCGUUGUCCGAAUUUGUGUGCAUUAAUCCGUUAUAUCGAAGUUUUAAGUAGUAACAAGAAUGUAAUUCAAAAACAGCUGUAUAAUUAAUCCAACCCAAUCCAAUAAAAUUUCCAUAGUAACAGCCCUCACCUUAUCAUUGUAAACAAAAGAUGGUCCUGCAUUGCAGCAGUGACAAGUUUCCCUUCAAAACCUUCUACAAAUCAUCUUAAACAAGCCAUUUUUUAAACAAGAAAUGGCAAAUUCGACCGCUAGCGUGACUUCCUUGGCACAAAAACCCGGUACAACUAGCAGUACCUCAUCGAAUAUACCAUUAUUAAACAGAAAGAAAAGUUGCGAUACGCUUUGUUCGUCAAAUACAAGCUGUUACGUACAAAAACGAAAACCCCAUCCUUUAGCAGCUUCCAUACGAUAUACAAAUAGAGGAAAUCCAAAAAAUGCUGUUAAUCAACGCGUUUUAUCAGCUAAACUUAUUAAAUUAAGAUCGGUCCAAAGUCAAUUAAAUGAUGCUAAUUUUCAUUUAGCGGAAUUAGCGAAAGAAAACCAAGCUUUGCGUAAUUUACAAAGAAGACAAGAUAAAGCAUUAAAAAAUUAUGAAGGUGCCGAUGCUGAAUUACCAAGAUUAAUCAAAAAGCACGAAGAAGAACUCCGAGUAGUUCAAGAUAAAAAUAAAAAUCUCAAAAAAGCGUUGCGAGAAGUUAUAGAUCAAUUAAAAGCAAAAGAUGAUGAAUUAAAUAAUGUAAGGAGUCAACUAAAACAUUUAACCUCGUUAACAAAAGAUAAACACUUGGGUGAAAGAGAAAAGUUAAAACGAGAAUUAGAAGAAUCAAAAUUAAAAAUAAAUGAUUACGAGAAAGAAAUAAGUAUGUUAAAUAGACGCUUAAUGUUGGAAUCUAAAAAUGCCAAGUACAAAUUGAACAAGGAAGUUGCAAAACACAAACAAUGCCAAAAAGAUUUAACUCAAGUUAUGGAGGAGUUAAACAAAAAUGGCCACUAUGUACCUGAAUUAAACAACGAGAUGAAACAAACGAUUGCAAAUCGAAAAAAAAUUUUAACUCAACGACCAUCGAUUACAUCGAUUCGAUUAAAAGCUGAAAGUACCCCAGAUUUAAUCGCCGACCCUUCAACUGUUGAUCUUGAAUCAACAACCGAUUUACUAAAAUUAGAUCCAAUUGAUAAUAAAAUCGAAGAUAUUAGUGGACCAAGAAGCAUUUUAAAAUCUCCCGCUGAAUCGGUUAAAAAUCGUUUAACUUCCGGUCGUUCAAAUAACGAAUUACCUACCUCUUUAAUGAAUUUGUCGUUGGACGGAGAAAAAGUUGCGAUAAAAAACAAUUUUUUGAAAACAAAUCCUUUACAUCGUACACUUUCCAAUCACAAAAUAGAUUUACUUUCAGAAACGGUUGAAAAUAAUUUAAAGAAAACAACAGCUGAAAGAGAACCUGAAGAAACCGAGUUAGGUAAUUACUGUUUAAACGUAAUGAAAUCGGUUAAAACUAUGAAUACAAUGGUGGAAAGACACACAUUCGAUUACGAAGCUUGUUCAGAAGAUACAACGAAGAUUUUAGAAAAAUUGAAAGAAGUUGAUUUGGCUGAUUCGAUAAUUCGCAAGAAAAAAAUUGAGGUGAAUGAUGAAUCGAAAGCGGCUGAAAAAGAUUUAGAGUUGGUUAAUAAGAUUUGGGGUGAUGAAUAUAAUUUUCAAAAGACGAAUAAAAAUACUGAUAAGAACGGGAAUCUUAAAGAAGUUAAUUAUGAAGAGAAAAAGAAGCUUUUAGCUACUUUAAGGGCUAUCGAUAAUGGGGAGCUUGAUGAUAAUAUUGGUGGUGAUCUUAAACAUAAAAGUAAAAAGGAUAUUAUGACGGAAUUAUUUGGACGGGGAUGUCAAUAGGAAACUACCUUGUAAAGAUUUUUUUAUAUUUAUAUAUUAUUUAUAUUUUGUAUAUUGUGUAUAGUAAUAAAAUUUUAUAAC